AUGAAGAGCUUGAAAUUGUCGCGCCGUCAGCAACAAGUGGAUGAGGAUGAGGAUGAAGAGGAGGAGGAGGAGGAGGAUGAAGACACGAGAGCGGAAGGCUCGGCAGCUUUCUCGCAUCCUCCGCAGAAACUUGCGUUCGACGACCUCUCCUCCGGUCGUCGUCACCACCACGUGCAUCCGCACUCGCGGACACGACUCUCGCGGACAGACACCACUCUCUCGCUGCUGUCCGAUCUGCUAUUUGCGCCGACUGUCGCCCAACUUUCGCCACUACCCACGACAGCUACUGCGACGCACAACGGAGAGCAGCCCGGCGACCGCAUCGUGAACGAACCCAUCCAUCUCAUGACAAGCGCGAUAUCUAGGGACUCACCAGUCUCCAUCACCGCCAACACGCCUUCCGCCACCGCCAGUACGACUCCUUCGCUGCCGCAAGCUGUGUCUUCACAGCCCGCAGUGAAGUCGUACGCCAACGCUACCAAAACGGCGACUCCACCUACCUUGGCUGGAGCCUCCGCGCCUGCGCACAAUGCUGCGAAGCCGACAGACGCUCAACUGAACGGUUCGAUGGCGCAAGGAGGCUCUCAGCAAGCACAUAGCGGGCCCUCGAACGGCACUCCCGCCACGAUGGACCACAGCAGGAAACCAUCCGUCGUUAUCAACGCCUCUGGCGCCUCUGGGAGCUAUCCCAAUGGAGGUCCUGUGGGCCAAAAUGGCAACCGUCCAGCAAUCAACUUUGGCUCGAUGCACGCGCAAGGCGGCGAACACGGCAGCGCAUCAUUCCCAGCGCAAAAUGCUUCCUUGCAACAACCGCGUCAAGACCCACGCGCCACCACUCCCGCACACUCGCCAUCCCCAAUUCCUCAGCCAGCAGCAAGCGGCGGUCGUCCCCCGUCAAAUCUGCCAAAUCAGCACAAUGGCGGACUUGCCUUUGGAAGUCUACUAGCUGACUCGGAAACUAUGCGCGGCCACAGCCACGUUGCGCCAAGCAACGCACCUGCACACGAGCGACGACCGUCUUCGCAGUCGAUGCAGAGCGAACUGAGCAACCAAGGCAUGCGUGCUGGCUUUCCACCACAAGGCCGCGGCAGUGGCCGAGGGCAGUUCACACCCGGCCAGCAGUUCAUGGGCUCGCCUGGCGCUCAGUACCGCAGCCUCCCUGGCCAACCGCCCCGAAACCAGUUCAACAACGGACAGCAAUUUGGUCCACAGGCACCUGGAUCACCAUACAACCGACAAGCAGCACGCGCGAGCCCCGUCCCGAUGAACGCGCAACCGCAAAUGUCCAACAUGGGCGCUGGUCAACAAAUGCAUUACCAGCAGCAGCAUGGCUACCCGAUGCCACAACACCCGCAGCAACAGAUGUAUGGCAUGCAACAGUUUGAUCCAAGCCAGGGCUACUAUGCCCCAUACCAAUACCCUUCGUAUUACCAACAGCCACCUCCGCAGAGUCCUCGCCCAGGAUAUCCGAGCCCGUUCUCGGGUGCUGGUGGUCCAGGCAUGCAGCCGCCUUUUCACCCACAGCACACGGCGCCGGGCAUGGCGCGUACGCCUUCACAGGCCUCCGAGCGACCCGCUUCGAGCCUCAGUCAUCCACAAACGCCUGCACAAUCCGCACCAAUUCCGUCAGGCACGCCCGUUCCGAACCCUGCGACACCCUCUAGCAGCUUUGUGCGUCCCGUCAAAAAGAGCAAUGCCAUCAAAAUCACCGAUGCAAAUGGCAAUGCCGUCAACUUCACCAAACCCUCCACUCCCGCUCAGACUCCGUCACAAGGACCUGUCAUCGUGUCCACUCCGAAUGCGCCUACGCCGCCGCCACGAGCCACCAGCGACAAUCACAACCGUGCCGAGAGUAAGAGCGCUCCAUCUGGAGAUUACUUAAAGACUGCUUUCGCCGAGCAAGUCAGGAAGAAGCUGGAAGAAGACAAGCGACUGGAACAGGAGGCCGAUUCGGCCAAGUCAAAGGACGUUUCCGACAAGGCUGCAGAGAGCGCAAAGGCUGAAGAGGCCGCUGCUAGCCAAGCCAAGGAGGCCGCUGCGGAAGCGGAGAGGGUUGCUGCGAAAGCUGCAGCUGACAAGAAGGCCGCAGAGGAUGCACACGCUUCGAAGAAGGCUGCCGAGGAUGACGAGGCUGAACAGGCUCGCAAGAAGCAGGAAGAGGAAGACCGUAUCGAGCGUGAGAUCGCUGAGAUGGAAGCCAAGUACGCCGCCGAAGAGAAAGAGGAGGAGGAGCGCGAGCGCGCGUACAAGGAGAAGAAAGCUAAGGAGAAGGCGGAGAAGGAAGCGAAAGCGAAGGCACAACUGGAAGCUGAUCUCAAGCGUCAAGAGCGUGAAGCUGAAGAGCGCGAGGAGGCUCGCGAGCGCGAACGCAAAGAGGCGGGCAAUAAGUCCGCUGAACCUGACGAUGAGGCCAAGGCGAUGUUCGCGUCCCUGACCAAAACAACUCUGGGUCCUCAAGGCGCUGCUGCCACAGCUGCUAGCGGCACUGAGACUCCCACGUCAGAAAAGGAAGCCGACGAACCUGUUGAGGCAGCGCCUUCGUCCGCCCCACCUCGUGCCGGUGCACAAAAGCCGAAGCCGGCCCACCUCAAGCUGGAAACCAACAAACCCGUCGAGCGCGCCGAGCCAACUCCCGGCAUGCAAGCACUCAAGUCCUCGCGCUUCCUAGAGAUCAAAGAGGAGGCCAAGUACCCAGAUGGCUUCAAGUCUCCUAAUCCUGCGCUCAAUCCCGCUGGCGGCCGCAAGGGUCAUGCCUACAACAAGGAGUUCUUGCUGCAAUUCCAGAACGUCUUCAAGGAGAAGCCGUCGGUUGAUUGGGACCAAAAGGUCAAGGACACUCUCGGACCUGGCGAUGACUCUGCUCGCACACCCGCUCGCACACCUAGUAACAUGGGUUCGCGACAAGGCUCGCGAGGAGGACAGCCAUUCGGCGGACCCAUGGGUGGUGCCAUGGGCAGCUUUUCUGGACCAAUGGGCACUGGUAACGCCCGGGGUACUACCUCCGAGCAAAGAUUCCAGGCUGCUCAGAUGGGUGGUAUGGCAGGUCGUCCAGGUAUGCCCGCAGGCCGCAUCCCGAGUCAGCUUGGCGUUGGUAUGGGCCAGUCAGGUGUCGGCAUGAGUCGAACCAACAGCUCCUUGCAGAUGGGUAACAUGAACUCGCCACGACAGCAGAGUUCUCGCGGUGGUCGCGGUGGCAGUAGGAAUGAUCGCCAGCACAGCAAACGCCAGGACCAAGCGGACGCGAGCAAGAUGCCGCUCACCGCUCACAUGGAAAUCAAGCCCAUUGAAACUACCCAGAGUGGUUGGAAACCAAUGAGUCUCACUGGUGGCCAACAAGCUGCUUCUGGUCCAGACCCAUCUGGUUUGAUGGCUCCAGACAUGGUACAGCGCAAGGUCAAGGCUGCGCUCAACAAGAUGACCCCUGAAAAGUUCGACAAAAUCUCCGACCAGAUUCUUGAAAUUGCUGCACAAUCCAAGCACGAAGUCGACGGUCGAACACUCCGCCAAGUCAUCCAGCUCACAUUCGAGAAGGCUUGCGAUGAAGCCCACUGGGCUGGCAUGUAUGCCAAGUUCUGCCAGAAGAUGCUUACCAGCAUGAGCUCAGACAUCCGCGACGAGACCAUCAAGGACAAGAAUGGCAACCCUGUCGUGGGUGGUGCUCUGUUCCGGAAGUACCUUCUCAACCGCUGUCAGGAAGAGUUCGAACGUGGAUGGCAAGCGAACCUUCCCGACAAGCCGGAAGGCGAAUCGCAGGAGGCGGCUUUGUUGUCGGAUGAGUACUACAUCGCCGCCGCCGCCAAGCGUCGUGGUCUUGGUCUCAUUCAAUUCAUCGGUCAACUGUACAAGCUCCGUAUGCUGACACUCCGCAUCAUGCACGAGUGUGUCAUGCGUCUCCUUAACUUCGAGGGUGACCCAGAUGAGGCUGCGAUCGAGAACUUGACGACCCUCCUCAAGUCCGUUGGCUCGACCAUGGACGAAGAAGAGCAGGGACAACAGCUGAUGAAGACAUAUUUCGAGCGCAUCGACCAGGCCAUCAUGCAGAACAAGAACUUGCCAAGCAGACCACGCUUCAUGGUCCUCGACUUGAUCGAUCUACGGAAAGCAGGCUGGAAGGGCAAGGACGAUUCGAAGGGGCCUAAGACCAUUCAGCAAAUUCACGAUGAAGCUCAAGCUGCCCAGGCCAAGGCCGAGGCAGACCGAGCCAAGGGUCCUCGUGGCGGACCACCAGGUGGCCGCAUGCAAGGUGGCCGUGGAGAUGCUCGCAACUUCUCCGGCAAUAUGCCACCACCACAGGACUACAACCGAACCAACGUGGCCAUGGAUGAUCUUCGACGGCUCCAAGCGCGUGGCUCCAACCCGCGUCCUGGUGGAUCUCUCGGACCAGGCGGUAGUCUUGGGCCAGCUGGUCUAGGACCUCGUGCAGGCAGCAGACGCGGCGCUGGCGGAAGUCUCGGACCUGGCUCAGCGGGCACGUCCAGAACCAAUACUCCUCCCGUGGGAGACAAGAAAGAAGAACCAGCGACUGCGCAGAAUGCCUUCAGCGCUCUUGCUGCCCUUGAUGACUCCGGCGAUCAACACACUGAAGCACAAUCCGACGCAGCCUCACCGUCAGCCGCGCGGUCAAAAUCACCAUCGGCGGCUGGAAAGGAUGAGACAACUGCAUGAUACCCAAUUUGCGCUGCUUUGAAGUACGAUUGUAUCAAAUAAGAUUCGGUCUGUGUUACCAAUACUACGACUACUAAUAUGCAUUUUCGCCGAGUCAAGGGAUAGAGAGGAGCACACUGCGGCGUUUCGCAUGCGUGCUUGCGCACGCCAAUUCUUGCGUGUUGUAAAAUUCAUCGACAAUGCACAGCAACAGAGGGCUUUUCUUUUCGACAUGCGCGGCAAGCAAAAUGCACUUGGGAUUCCGCAAGACGGACGGCGUUCACCACGGGUCUAGAAAUUCGACUGGUCGCGAUGCGUUAUGCUUCUCUUUUGCUUUUUCUUUCUUAAAAAAAAACCGCCCCGUUGCUCUGCGACUUGGAGAGGGUGCACGGCUCUCAGGCGGCUUCGAGGCUGCCCAACAGGCAUGCACUGGGACGAGGUUAUGAUCAGGCGGCUUCGUGCUCUGCGAGGCUACGGUGGUCAGCAGCUAAUGUCUAAAACUCUCCGAGACGUCAUGAGUAUCCGCUUCAGUGACGGAGGAUGCGAUUGGUGUGCAGUCGAGGUGGAUGAGGGAGGAAGCGUUCCGGACACUCGAUGCUUUUUGCGAGUGUACAUAGUGCCUUCGAAUCGACUUUGAGAACAUGAG